GGAGUGUGUUAUAAAUAUCCAGAGUCAGAUCUUCUGGAAACACAAACAAGAUUCCAAGCUCAGACUUCUGGGUCUGAGACACAUUUUGAGAAAAUCUGCUUCUGGAUUUGAAUCUGGUGGGUGCUUGUCACUCUCUGUGCCAUGGUAGUCAUCCCAAUAGCCAGCGUAGCCUCUUCCCUGGCUUCUAAGAUGAUGGCAUCCAAGAUGGUGGCAGUGAGCCUGGCCAAAGCCACCUCGGCGGCAUGCGGCAGUGCCCUUGCUGGACUUCCGUCCACAGGACUCGCCUUGUCAUCCAGCGCUGCCCUGAGCCAGGCCACAGCUUCCCUGGGAUCCCUGCUGGGGACACUGAGUGGCUCCGUAGUAUCCCCGGCUUCAGCCUUGAUUAUUUCCCCGCUCGGAGCCAAGGCCGGUGCAGCUGUGAUAGGAGGAGCCGUGGCCGUGGGGGCCGUGCCCGUCGUGCUGGGCGCCAUGGGCUUCACCGGGGCGGGAAUUGCCGCCUCUUCCCUAGCGGCGAAGAUGAUGUCCAUUGCCGCCAUCGCCAACGGGGGCGGAGUUGCUGCGGGGAGCCUGGUGGCUACGCUUCAGUCCGUGGGAGCGACUGGACUCUCACUGUCAUCCAAAAUCAUCGUGGGCUAUGCUGGGUCUGUCCUUGCAUCUGGCAUGGUCGGCCUGUAGGGGUUUGCCGCCUCUCUGGCUGCAGAGAAGAGCUCCUGGUAGGGCCUCGACUGCCAGCACCAUGCGGGGAGGGACAGAGUCCUUGGGUGAUGGUGUGCCCCAAACACUGCCCCCCAGAGGAAAAUAAAGAAUAAAAAAUAGUUGUUGCAUCCCC